UCCCGCAGGGAGGAGCCAGUGCUCCAACCGGCAGUAGGUGGCUCCAGCCAGCCAAGCGAACCCAAACCAGAGAGCCCUGCCCGGGGUCCAGCCAGCCAGACAGGCGGCCGCAUCAGAGAGAACUGCCCCCGGUAUGACUAGCUUUCUAGCUAUUCAGGGUUACUAGCAGCGGUGGGCUGUGUACAAGCCUGUGUUCCGUGUACCCAUCGUCUUCACCGCUGAUUCCGUGACGUGUGGACACCGCUCAGCCCUGCUGUGGAGGUGUCCGGAGACUGCGGAGAGGGCGGGCCAUGGAGGGCUGAUGGACAGCCGAACGGACCAAUCCAGAGACGAUGCUGGCCAGGGACCGCUUCCUCCUGCUGCUGGUGGUCGGGGUGCUGCUAGCCGCUCUCAGCUACAGCCUGCAGUACUUGCACCUGAUGCCAGUGGCCCCUGUGGGGGCGGGGCCUCCAGUGGGUGGGGCUAAGAACAGGAAGCGGGUGAAUCCAGUGCUGUUAACCCCACCCCCUUCCCCAGACCCCCUCGCUGGAGCCUAUGCCUACUGCAACACACCCAACCGCACACAGCAGACCUGGGAAGGUCACAGCCCUGCGGACUACCAGCUGUUGUCGGUGCAUGUGAUGAUUCGUCAUGGCGACCGAUACCCGCUCUACUCCAUCCCCAAAACCAGGAAGCCACCGCUGGACUGCACACUACAGCCCAAGAGGGAGCCCACUCAUCCCCUAUUGGCUGGCUUUAUCAGUCACAUGACCAGGGAGACGGGAGAUAAGUGGGACGCCUCUCUGACAUCACUGCCCCGGCUGCCCAAUCACAGCACCUGUGAGAUGGGAGAGCUCACACAGACAGGUGUAGUUCAGCAUCUGCGUAAUGGCCAGGUGUUGCGUGCUGCUUACCUGCGUGGGGGGGCGGUGCUUCCAGAGGAGCUGCGGGGAGGGCAGGUGGAACUGGAGACCACAGGUAAGAGUCGUACUCUGCAGAGUGGCUUGGCCCUGCUGUACGGUCUGCUGGGCCAGUGGGAUCGGGGUUCCGGUUCUAGCUCAGGACCGCGUGUGCGUCAGCAUUGGAACGCCCUGUUCUGCGGCCGCCGCUGUGACUGCCCAGCUCGCCAGCGACACCUGGAGGCCGAGCAGCGCCGCCAGUACCGCCUCCGCGUCGCCGACACCCGCCUCGACCACGCCUACAUCUCCAUGGCGACCGCGCUGGGCGUGGCCACCAAGGUCUUGAGGGCGGCUAAUCCUGUGGAUGCGCUGCUGUGCCACUUGUGCCACGGCCUACCCUUCCCCUGCCGAGUCGCCACCGGCAACAAGAAGAACGCCUCCACAGAGCCGGCCAGGGUGGGCGGCACCUGCCUGACGCACGCGCACCUGGCGCAGAUCCGGAGGCAGCAGGAGGAUGACGAACGCCACCGCAAAGAUGCGGGUCUAUACCACAGGUACGCCAUAUUGGCGUCUCAGCCCUACCUGGAGCGGUGUGCGGCCCGCAUGGAGCACAUCGCCCGCGGCAACGCCCCGCCCACCGAGCCCCUCCUCCACCUGGCCUCCGCCCAUGACAUCACCAUGGCGCCGCUGCUGAGCGCGCUCGGACUGGAGGGGGCAGGGUUUCCUUCCUUCGCCGCCCGCCUCGUCAUGGAACUCUGGCGACGCCCCCCCUCGGACGGAGGGAUGAACGGAGGCAAAGACGGAGGGAAGAAUAGAGGGAGGGAGAGAGGGAGGGAGCUGAAGGCUAAGCGGGGUGUGUUUGAUGACCUGUUUGUGCGCGUGCUGUACAACGGAGAGGACCUGACCUUCCACACCACGUUCUGCCGUACGCACCCCCGGCACACACACACCGAUGGGGACACACACUCGCACACACCCCUCUGCCCCUUCAGCAAGUUCCUGCGCUUUGUACGCAACGACAUAUUCGCGCCGCUCAAUGCCACGAGCUACCAGCAAGCCUGCCACGCUACCGUACCUUAGAACACACACACACACACACACACACACACACACACACACAUACACACACACAAAUACAUAUUUUUUGAGCACCAGAAGAGACGUCACACAGCAUCUAAUCCGUACCAUUAUGUUUACCUCUCGCAUUCUCUCUCUCUCUCUCUCACACACACGCACACGCACGCACACACACACACACACACACACACACACACACACACACACACACACACACACACACACACACACACACACACACACUCUCUUGUACUCAACGCUACUCAGAGGUACUGAAUCCAUUCCAUCCUGGACAUCUGAAAGAAGCCGAGCCCCAUUUACUUUGGGAUUAUUCUUUUUGGAUUAUGAUGUUGGGAUUAUUGCUUCAGGAUUAUUAUUUUGGGAUUAUUUUGGCCCAUUGCUCAUUGGUGGACUUCUUUCUUAUCUGUGCUCUAUAUUCCCUAUGGAUCUCUGCUCUUUUUUACAGUUGGUUGUCAGGCCACUUUGCUGCUAUCGCUUAGCAACACAUUCCACUAUUUUGGGAGGGAAGCCAACCGGCCAGCAAACCAACUAACCAAUCACAGGGCUUGUUUUGUUCAUUAACUCCAGUUCUACAACCAAUCAGAGCCUUAGUGACAUUAUUUUCCCCCAAAAGUGACAUCACGCCAGCUUGAGGAAUGUUGUACUGUGUACUUUGCUGUUCAAUAUAUUCAGUAUGCGUCUGUAUGAUACUUUAUGGGUCUGUACAAUUCUUAAUUGGUCUGUUCAAUACUUAAUGGAUCUGUUCAAUACUUCAUAGGUCUGUACAAUACUUAUGGAUCCGUGCCAUGUUAUAUGCCAUGUCCUCCAGGAUUCAGCAGGAUUUGUUUGCGAUUGUUGUCACAUUAAUGCACAUUAAGCCGCCAGUCACAAUGAAUUCAAUCACCACGACGCUCCCAAAAAUGAACUAAUCUAGUCAACAUUGAGGCAGAAAUAGAAAGUGCAAGGCACCCAAUUUAUUCAUGAUGCGAGUGGAUACUGAGGAAUGUUGAAGCAAGGUUAUUUUCCAGAGAGUUGCUGUGACUGUAAAGUCGAACAUUGCACUGAAUUCAUCGGGUACUGGCUGCAGUUGCGUUGAAGUUGCAAACGUCACCACCUCCUGGAGGGUGUAUAUGCUGCAUAUUCUCUGCCAUUUCCUGCUAUCGCACACCACUCCGUCCGAGGGCUAGGCAAGGAGACAUAUCUACACACAAGCAAAUACACAUCCACACAUACAUACACAUUUCUGUGUAUCAUCCCACACCACUCCGUCCGAGGGCUAGGCAAGGAGAUGUACACACAUGUGAAUACACGCAUUGAUGUGCACACACACACACACACACACACACACACACACACACACACACUUCUGUGCGUCAUCACACACCACUCCGUCCAAGAGCAAUACAUCACCCCACAAACUCACUUAAUGAAGGUACACACACACUACCUGCUUUGGUCUGCUGAGUGUUUGUGAGGUGAGUUACUCAGCCUGACUGACCCUGAUAGACAAUCCACCAUAUCAUGGAUCUCAAUCACCAUGGUGACCCCAGUACAUGAACAGUUCUGAAUGGACAUGAGCGAGCCGCUCGAUCCAUCCAGACAGAUCCACUAGAUCCACUAGUGAGUGAUCCAUGAAUGACAGACAAUCCCCCACAUAAUGGAUCCCAAUCACAACAGUGGACAGACACCCCAUAUCAGACACAACAGAUCCACUAGAGAGAGAGAGAUAUCCACUUCAGUGAUGCACUAGAGCAAUCUACUAUAAGGAGCUCCUUUAGAGAACAGGGGCGUAUUCCACAAACGUAUUCCAGUAGCGACCCAGGUGGUAACUUCGCUAGUUAGAGUCCUUAUUACCUUAAAAUGAAUAAUUCAUUCAACUCUUUUUUAAAGGUCAACAUGGAGUUCCCAUUCUAUAGGUUCAUCUUGCAGUGAUGAGCAACCUGGAUUCAGGACCUACAAUCCAUUACCACAUAUUCCAAAUUACCUUGACCCCGUUUCUCAACAGUGUCAUUGCUAACCAGUUAGCAACUUAGUAAGUUGGCAAUGGGAUAUUGCACCACUGGUUUAACCUGUCAAAUCCAGUGUCACGUGUUCCAAAAGACCAGGCAUUACCUGCUCAAUAACCGUAGUUACACUGGGUUCUUGCAAUCCAGUGGGACAUAUUCCAAAUGACCUUGUGUUACCGGUCCCAAUGAUUACCCUGUUUAUACUGGGUUCAUGCAAUACCUCCGUGGUCACAUGACGAGUGUCUGAGAUGUAGAACCAAUCACAGGACCAAGACGGUGCGGCACAACGUCACUUUAAGCCCCUCCUCCUCCUACUUUGGGGUCGUCCUAAAGUGGGGGGGGCACGGAAGUGGCCAUGCUUUGCAAAUACGGCAUUAUGUAUGACAUGCAAAGAUGGCAUUACAUUUUAUUAUUUUGUUGUGUGAAGACGCAGCAUUACGCUUUCAUAUCAGUUGUUAUUAACACACUCUUGACACAAGAUGUCGGUACACUAUUGCUUCAGAGGAACUGGUUUUAUGUUGUUAAGCUUUUCAUUUUCCUAUUUUUUUAUUUUGUUUUUUUGUUCAUGUUGGAUUAAGUCUUAAUGAUUCCACCACUGUAAUUCCCGCUUGUUGAUGGGCUAUUGCUGUCUGAAUGAAAAGAAAGCUAAUGACUUGAAGGUGAUUUGAUUUAAUAAAAAAGACAUAAUGAACGUAAUACAUCCACAGGCUUAGACCUUGUUUCAGGUCAAGACCUUGUUUCAGGCCUACAGCUUUUGUUAUCAUUUCCAGUCCUCUCUGGCAUCUCCUGUUUAACCCCUCCAGCCAGAAUAAAACAUGAUCUGUUACCCUCUCGUA